UGCAAUUGGCACAGAAGGGGACAAACUCCUGCAUAUCGACUUCUGUUAGCAGAAAGACAAAAACUGCAAUAAUUCAACGGAUGGAUUUUGAAGUUGUCUUCUCAGUUUUUUUGACUUCUCAUUUUUUUGUCUUCUCAUCAUUUUGACUUCUCAUUUUUUUGUCUUCUCAUUAUUUUGACUUCUCAGUUUUUGACUUCUCAUUUUUUUGACUUCUCGUUUUUGUGACUUCUCAUCUCUCAAUUUUCAUACAACAAAACAGGUAAAUGGUGGUUGUUAGGUAGUACCUUGGGUCCUUUUGCAGUAUUAAGAACAUUGUUUUAAGUGCAAAACCAAAUUGCAGCAAGGCUGUCUUCAUUAAAUUAUAAACACAAAAUGUCUGAGAUUGUAAAAGAAGGUUGGAACAAGUAUCUCCUCCAGCUCCAACUCCAUCCUCUUCGGACCAAGGCUAUAACAGCUGGAGUUUUGGUUGGGUCUAGUGAUAUAAUUGCUCAGAAGAUUUCUGGGAAUAAGAAGCUUCAAUUGAAAAGAAUACUUCUUUUAGCUUUAUAUGGGUUUGCAUACUCAGGACCAUUUGGGCAUUUUCUGCACAAGUUGAUGGAUUAUCUGUUCAGAGGAAAGAAGGGCAACAAAACUGUUGCUACCAAGGUCUUGUUGGAACAGUUAACCUCUUCUCCUUGGAACAACAUGCUUUUCUUGAUGUACUAUGGCUUAGUGGUUGAAGGGAGGCCAUGGAGUCUUGUGAAAAAGAAGGUUCGGAAGGACUACCCCUCUGUGCAGUUGACUGCUUGGAAGUUUUGGCCAGUAGUCGGGUGGAUCAACUACCAGUACAUGCCCCUGCAGUUGCGUGUUUUAUUUCACAACUUUGUUGCGUCAUGCUGGGCAAUAUUUUUGAAUCUGAAAGCAAGAUCAGUUGCAAUUAAGAAGGCAUAAUUUGGAUGGUUAAGAGACUAGAUGAUAUUGUUCUCCUAAGCUCUUCCAUGUUUCAUGAUUACUCUUCCUAAUUCCUAUUCAGUUUGCUUUUUUUAAAAUUACAUUAAUGAAUUCCUCUCUUGCUUAGCUUGUGUCACGUCUCUAUGCAUAUGAGGUGCAGUAAAUUUUACUUCCUUCCAAUACGCACAUAAAAUGUUAAACCACACAAAUUUCAAAUUCGCCAUUCAUUUUUAAAGGCUAUUUUAAGCCAAAAGGAAAUAGAGUGUGUAUGUAAUCUUCUCUGCCAUUUUUCC